AGUUCAAUGGAUCUGCUCAGCCGUGUGAUGCUCUCCGGAAUGGAUACAACAUGGCGGAAAGAUGUGAUCGGCUGUCCCACGUCUCGUUUCUUAACCGCACCAUACUAGAGACAUUUUCUGGGGAUAGAUAGUGUUUGGCAACACGAGGGGAUCGUUUCCAAAUUGCUAGUUGUAUUUCGACGGGAAAAGGUGAGAUCGAGAGCUGAGAUCCCAGGAUGAGCCGCAACGCAACAGAAUUCCAAGGGUCCUCCCCCUCCUUACCGUUGCCUGGUGAUCAUGUGUUGAACUCGGGAGCUGUGGUGUACCCUGGUGCCUUUGACCAACAUGGAUGUCCUUUAGUUAUAUUCCCAGUGGAUGCUCAUGGCAAAUUAACAUCAGAAAUAACCAAAGAAGAAGUGGUGGACUUCAUAAACUACUUUCUUUGUUUGGACAACAAAAAACAGGAGAAGGAAAGCUUGAUUGCGCUCGUGGCUGAUUUAAGACAAGCCUCUCCAACCACUGCAAGGUUUAUCGCUGAUACACUGCGUCUACUUGAGCUGCACGGUAGGACGGUUCACACUGUGUACAUAGUUCAACCAAAAAAGAAGGACGUCUUCAAACUGUUGUCGAAACUGCUGAUGCCAUCCAAGGGUCACGUGGCUCCAUUCAAGAGAGUUCUGCUAAAGGAAGUCUUUGAACUUUCCAACUACAUCGACAGAAGCCAGUUGACUGCAUCUUUAGGAGGCUACCUUGUUUACUGUCACCAAAGUUGGGUUACGUUCAUUAAGGAGAUUGAUGCUUUUGUCCAGGAGUUCCUUCUGGUGGUACAAAGACUCCCUUCCUGCAUCUCUACCCUGCAAAGCCUCUCCAGACAGCUUGUGCCCUCUACAUUUGAUGAGCUGACAGAAUUCUGUUCCACCAACGAGGCAACGUUUCAGCAUCUGAGAAGGGAGUUAGGCCUGGAUGAGCUGCUGAGGCGUUGUGAUUGUGUGGUGGAGAAACUGCGCUACCCUGAAAAUGAUCCCUGCUAUCAAGCCAUGGCUGGGACCGCUCUCUUCACACAUACCGCCUUUGACAUGCUAGAGAACUACAGCCGGAUAACCGCCGCUGUGGAGAAAAUAGAGUUGCUGUGGCAACAGGCUUUUUCUAAGGCCCAUAUUCAGCUACGGGUCUUCCAACUCUGCCAACAGGCUCAGCAGAUCGCCCAACAGAUGACAAGCCUUCAGGAGGAGAAACUCCAGCCUUACAGAAUAGAGAUCGCCAAAGACUCCAGAAAAGCAGAGAUGCUGACGUCAGUGUUUGAAGCCUCCAUCUAUACCCCUGCAAUGGCACUGGUACGCUGUGCAGAGGAUGUGAUUCAUACGUUAGUCGAGUCAUUGCCUCCUGGUGAUGCCCGGGGUAGUGAGCAGUGGGUACAGGACCUGGACAGGCUGAAGGAAAACUUACUCUCCUCUGUAGAGCUCCCACAUCAAACCCUAAGAGCGGUCUCAGACUUCUACCAUUACUACAACAAAUCCAGAAGCUGGUACAACAUUGUCCUCCGUGAGAACUUUCUGCAAGACCUUCUGUGGGGCGUGAGCACUGAUAGUCUUCAGGCACUGCACCAUCCUCAGGGUGUAAACGCUGGUGUCCCUGCACGGAGGCAGUCGGCCUGCCAAUUCCUGGUGAAGAAUCCCUCCCCAGAUAUGUCCGAGCUGGUUCAGCUGGCACACCUUGCCAACGUCAUCCCGGAUGAUUCACUUCAGAGAGUUGGGAAGCAGCUAUCACAACGGUGCAUGACCCUUAGAAAACUUCUAACUGCUCCAGGAACUGUACCUAUAAAUGACCUACAGUUAGCCCUGCAGUGGCAGUAUGAGUUUUUAAGGACAAACAAUACACAUGGAUUCCACACUGACCCAGCCUUAGACAGGAGGCCUGAGGACCUUCAGAAUAGGCAGGGUGGUGCAUUUGGCCUCCCUGGGAAACCUAAUCCUAAAUUGGACCAACAAGCCAAGGAGGCCUUGCACAGCCAUGGCUCGUUCUCCAACCUCACCAAGGGGGCACCAGGAAAGAUGCCAGCCCACCAGCCACCUCUGGGUGGUGUAGCUGAGGCUAGCGCCGUCCCUGGGGUGGUGUCUGCUACCGGGAAGCCUCCGUCCCUCAGCUCGUUUGACUCGGGCUUCGACGGAGCAGGAAGCAGUCAUCUGGAAGGUGGAGGAGGGAGGGAAGGAUGGGAUGGGCUGUCCAGGUUAACCAGCACCAGAGACUCUUUCAGGCCCAUCAGCAGGCAGCCGCAGAUCCACGAGGAGAACAUCUCCAGUGUUUCUGACUCUGAGGAUCGGGGGGAGGAGAUUGACUUUGGGUCUGCGGGGAACACCUCCAGGGCUAGCAUCCAGAUCAUCCCCAAGGUGACAGUGGACUCCCUGAACUUUGAGAUCCAGGUGAAGCGAUCCGCCACCCUCCCCCAGAACCCCUGGUUGAGCCUCCCUACUGAGGACCUGGAGAAAUCCUACACCGUCACCAUCACGCAGAACCCACCAGCACAGCAGAACCCACCAGCACAGCAGAGAGACCCCAAAAGCCCGGACUCCCUGGAUCGAUCGCAUCACUCCGACCGAUCCAGCAGGUCUCGAGACCAGCCCACACAGACCGAGAUGCCAGAGGGUGGGGCUGAGCCAGACGUGAAGGCACAGGAGAGCUUCGACGACCCGGGACUGAGCCCCAUAAGGAAGCUCCUCUCCAGUACGAUCACAGACGCCAAAGAGAGAUCCCAAUGCUCUACUGAAGGCAUCCCCACCCUCCUCUGGGACUCCUAUGAUUUCCACAACCAGGACACCUGUGAAAGCUCAGUGAGUGAAGUGUCCCUGAGAGACUGGGAUCUGAAGGAGCAGGAUGGGCUGAGGGAAGUUGAGGAGAUCCUGGGCCGGGCAGCUGGAAUACUGGAGGAGGAAGAAAAUGUGCUGGCACAGGAGGAGAUGUUGGCUGUUCUGAUGAAGACUGAAACCCCAAGCAAACAGUGGCCUUUAUGGAACAGUGCAAACCAGCUUAGUGUGAUGUCCUCUCGUGACUUGGUUGAGGCAGGUGUCUUUGGCCUUGAAGACGGUCUCCAUGUCGAAGGCACAGAGAGUUUGUCGGAAAGUGCAUCAUUUGAGGUCACACGUGGACCCGUGGACUCCGAUGACUGCCUGACCGAGGCUGGGGGCGUGGCCUCUGGAUGCAGGGAGGGGCUUCUGAAAGAGCUGAGGGGACUCCACGUCCUGGACGAGCUGAUCAUGGAGGAGAACGUCAAGAUCCACAAGCUGAGACGGCACGAGGAGAAACGCCUUGACGAGAAGCCUGCGGCGUCCACGGGCCCUCAAAGGACAAGCAAGGACAGGCAGAUGUUCCAGUUGGAUCUACAGAGGGAGAAGAAGGAGGUGGAAAGACUGGAGAUGUUCCAGUUGGAUCUACAGAGGGAGAAGAAGGAGGUGGAAAGACUGGAGAUGUUCCAGUUGGAUCUACAGAGGGAGAAGAAGGAGGUGGAAAGACUGGAGAUGUUCCAGUUGGAUCUACAGAGGGAGAAGAAGGAGGUGGAAAGACUGGAGAGGAGCCUAGAUAAGGGGACCACGCGGUGUCAACUCAAAAAGCAUUCAAGCAGAACCUGGAAGGUUGUGAAAUGCUCUGUGAUGGAGAGGACUUCCAAACCCGAAUACCUGGAGGACAGUGCACUCUGUGAAGAGCUGAUCUCAGGCAGCAAGAGGCCCUGCAACACACAGCUCUUGACCAAAAUGCUUCCAAACGCCAAUGCAUCCAACACUGACGCAGUCUCGUUUUCAGAGUCAGUCACUAAACAGCCUGUAUUACAAAACUCUGUUUCAACCCUAAAUUCUCCUGGCAUGUACACCAACUUUAGUAUCGAUGAUUCCCUUGGCCAUUUUGCAGUUUCUAGUUUGCAACCACCUGUUCUAACCUCACGACAGACCACCCCCAGUUCUAGGGAGGAAGUUGGAAUCCAGCCUCAGGGGUAUGACGACGGCAAGCUAGAUUCUAGAUCCAGGGAAACUGUUGAAACUCGCAAACCAGAGGAUUCGUCAAAACCUGAACCAAAACCAGAUUAUGGUGCUUUUGAUCCAGGUGGCAGCUCUCAUAACCCCCCUGUGCCUAAACCAAGGACAACACAGCCUCCUGUCCAUGACGCCUCAACAGAACCAGUUCACCUGAUGGAUCAGGGACCUGAACCACUUGGAACCCAAAUGCUGGACAAUCCCCCAAUGCCUAAAGAGCGGAAAACCAAACCUCCAGCCCCAUGCGAUGUUCACAUUCUCAAUCCUGAUGUGAAUGAGUACACCAAUAACAAUAACAACAACAAGCCCAUCACAGAUCAACAGUUAACAUUCCCCGCCCCUCACAAGCCCAGUUCAUAUGCCCCUCAAGACGAUCCCCUAACAUCCCCACUCACUCAGGUCUCUUCUCAAGGCCUGCAGAUACAGACCAACUCGCAUGUUUCCCAAUACUCUGAAAUUGAAGGUGUAGACUUCUGUUUAAAAGUAAGUGAGCCGCCUCUGGCAGUGUUCCCUGACCCAUGUGAACCAGUAAGAGUUGAAGUACCUCAUGCAGAUAUCACUGAUGGCUUCCAGAGGUGUGGGACUGGCACAGGAUCCUUCACAACAUCACUCCAUCAGCCAUCCAUCCAUAUUGGCACCAGAGAGAUGAUGAAUUAUAAGACUCCUAUCGUGCUGGAUACAGGUUCUGGUUUGAUGAAAGCUGGCUUUGCUGAUCAGGACCUUCCAUCUACAAUUUUCCCAACAAUUAUUGGGCUGCCCAAGUAUGAGGAAAUAAUGAAUGGCAACUUUGAACGGGAGACCUACAUUGGACAUGAUGCUCAACACAUGAGAGGAGUUCUGACACUGAAGUACCCCAUGAAAAAUGGAAUAAUUAGCAACUGGGAUGACAUGGAAAAGAUUUGGCACCACACGUUCCAGCAGCUCGGAGUAGAGCCUGACGACCACCCUGUUCUUCUGACAGAGGCGGCCAUGAAUCCUCGGGAUAACCGGCAGCGCAUGGUGGAGCUCAUGUUUGAGAGUUUCAAUGUUCCUCUCACCUACGUGGCCAUGCAGGCAGUGCUAGCGCUCUAUGCUGCAGGGAGAUCAACAGGUGUGGUGUUUGACUCCGGGGAUGGAGUGAGUCAUAGUGUGCCUGUGUUUGAGGGGUACUGCCUUCCCCAUGCUGUUCAGCGCUUCACCAUGGCAGGAUAUGAUGUCACAAUGCAUCUCCAAAAGCUCCUGCAGGAACAAGGGGUGUGCAUGCGCACCUCUGCAGAGCUUGAGAUAGUCCGGGAGAUGAAGGAGAAGUGCUGCAGUGUGGCUGAAGACUAUGAAUCUGAGCUCACGUGUGGGGGGUCUGCUAGCAGUGAGAUGCAUUACACCAUGCCUGAUGGCCAGGUCAUCAGCCUCAGCACUGAGAGGUUCAGGGCACCGGAGAUCCUGUUCAAGCCAGAGCUAAUUGGACGUGACCAUUAUGGGAUGCAUGAGAGCAUUUUCAAAUCCAUCCUCAGCUCUGACCUUGACCUACGGCGAAGUUUCCUGGGAAACAUUGUUCUAGCAGGUGGAAAUACCUUGCUUGCCGGCUUGCCAGAGAGACUCCAGAAGGAAAUCAGAGUCAUGGUCCCCUCAGACGUUGGGGAGUGUGUGCGUGUGACCAGCCCUAAGGACAGAGAUUUUUCUGUGUGGAGCGGAGGUGCGGUACUGGCCAAUUUACCCUCUUUUGCUUCUGCCUGGAUCAGCCAAGAGGAGUAUGAGGAAUUUGGCCCCCAGAUUGUCUUCAGGAAGUGCUUCUGACUGACUCAUAUCCAGUGUUUGAGUGUGGACUCUACUUCUCACAAAGUGCAAUAUUUAUGUCUAGCUGUGCCACAUUUGGGAUCGAAGCCUUUUAAUAUUUUUGUUUGUACAUUGUACGUCUUGUGUUUGUGCACAACAAAUCCUGGAGAAUUUCUUAAGUAUUUAUAUUUGCCAUUAUCUAACUAGUGUUAAAAGCUUACCUGCGGUGAGGCUUUUCCUUAGUACAGUUCAGUGAGCUUUAGGUUAGUUUGACGUUAAUACUCCAAUACAUUUUGUAUUCCCCCGUUUGUGCCAUCUACAUCAUUUUUGUGGAAUGGGCACUUUUGCAGCACCUUUUUGGAAGUAGAACGGCUUUAAAGUGUUUUAUUCUUGAUCAGUAUGAAAUAAUUUAUUUGCAUCUAUUAUCCUCGUUCUAAAGUAACCAAUUUAGUUCUGUAGAACUGAUGGAAACCCUAACUGUGUAUAUAGUGCUGCAAAUUGAAUAUAUUUGUCCGUCCAAUGUACAAUUUAUAUAUAAAUAAGUCCCAGUUAGUUGGCCUACAUUUAAUCAUUCUAAUAUGUAAUUAGUGUCCUUGUCUUUUUUAAGUGUUAACUUGGUGUAAGGUGUCAUUGUUUACACCAAGACUUGAUCAGAUCAAACCAGUGUGUUCCUAGUAUCCCUCCGGAUACGAUGAAUAAGUCCUUUUAGGACUGUGUACCUUUUGUUGCGUGAAUCCUCGACCUAAAGAUCAGUGCUAGUAAGGGUUUGUUAUACCGGUCAGAAACCACCAAGGACUGGUACAUGAGGCUGGUUGUAUUUAUAAAUGUUAAGAUCUAAUGCAGUUGUGGAAUGUUCACUGCACAUUUCAUAAUGAGUUUUAAAAGUUGACUGUAAAUCAGUGCACACAUGCUGGUUCAUGUUUGAUUUCCUUUCUCACAAUGUAUGGCUUCGAGUUUUGUGCUGCAUGCUUUACGUUGUAUUUUUUGAUUGUGUUGUACAUGCAUUAUUUUCCUUACGUUGUGAUAUUUGACACAGAGUUACUGUAGUGUUGUUGUGUGUUGCUUCACUGAGCAUGUUUUGUACCUCAGGCCAUACGCCUUUUAAUGACUUUACUGUCAUUUUGUAGUUGCAUAAUACCAGCCACUCUAUCCUAGGUACCUUGAGCAUUUUGUUACUGCAGCAUUUGGAUAAUCCCCAUCUCUUUAUAGCCCUGUCUUGUAGUGUGAUUCCCAUUUACAGUGUUUGUUAAAUGCACUGUUUUGUGUUUUGGAAGUUUGAGCUUUUCUUUUUCUUUGCUACUCUAAAGACAUGGGGAGCUAAAUCUCAGGUUCCAAAAGUUUGCAUGCAAUCCCUGUGGGAAGUUAAAAUGACCUUGUGUAAGGGCCCAAACUAGCUAAUGUGCAGUGUUGGCCUUUUGAUGAUUUUGUAGUGAAGGAUUUGAACCAAAAAGAAUGCUGUACUGAAGUCUUGACACCUAACCAAGUUAUGUCUAUUUUUUUUUAAUAAUAAAUAUUUUAUCCAAA